CGCAGGAACUACAUCCUCUGCUGGGCCUUUUUGAGGAUGGAUUUGAUGUGGAUCUCUGACUUCAGAUAUUAAGAGACUGUAAUUCCUAACAACGUGAAGGUCUCGACGGUUGACACAGGGCAGUUGGACAGUGUGAGGGGCAGCUGUGGUGAAGUCCACGAUCAUCUCUACUGAGCAUGUUCAAGUCCAGGUUAUGUUGGCCACACCAAAGCUCCAGCCGCUGCACUUCCUGUCGAUACGCAGACUAGUCACCAUCUUUGAUGAGGCCGAUGACUGGUGUCGUCUGCAAACAGCUAACAAUUUGACAGCCGGGUGCGUUGAGGUGCAGUCGUUCGUGUAAAGAGAGAAGAGUAGCAGAGAGAGGACACGUCCUUGGGGGGCCCCAAUGCUUAUGGUGGAUGUGGAUGAAGUUGUGUCCUCCACCCUCACCUGCUGUGUCCUGCCCGUCAGGAAGCUGUAGAACCACUGGCAGGUGGCAGGCGAGAUGCUGAGCUGGAGGAGCUUGGAGGAGAGGAGUUCGGGGUUGAUUUUGUUGAGCGCAGAGCUAAAGUCCUCAAACAGGAUCCUCACGUAGGUCCCUGCAUCGUCACGGUGUUCCAGGAGGAAGUGCAAUCCCAUGUUGACUGAGUCAUCCAUAGACCUGUUUGCUCGAUAUGCAAACUGCAGGGGGUCCAGUGAUGCUCUGGAGGUGGUCCAGCACUAGGCAUACAAAGGACUUCAUAACCACUGAUGUCAGGGUGACAGGCCUGUUGUCAUUCAGUCCAGAUAUUGCAGGUUUCUUGGGGAGUGGGAUGAUGGUGGAGCGUUUGAGGCAGGAUGGGACUUCACACAGUUCCAAAGAUGUAUGGAAAAUCUGUGUGAAAACUGGAGCGAGCUUGACCGCGCACUUUCAAGCAGGAGGGAGACACACUGUCCGGGCUUGCCGCUUUGUUCGUGAAUGGUCAUUGCAGAAGGGGGAGUCAGAGUUGUGAUGGUAGUCGUUGGUGGUGCGGCUGGGUGCGUGUGGGGUGUGAAAGUGUAGUUUUCAAAUCUGAAGUAAAAGCCAGUCCUUUAUUGUUCUCCUUGUGGGAAUGAUAGAUUGUAGGUGGUUAGGUAUAAUAAUCCUUGCCAAACUGACGCAGAGUUGAUAGCAGCAAAUUGCUUUUCCAGCUUUCUUGCCAAAUUUCUCUUGGCAAUGUUGAUUUCUUUUGUCAGCUGGUUUCUGGCCUGAUUGUACAGGGCUCUGGUCCCACUCUGAUAGGUGUCCUCUUUAGCCUGGCGAAGUUUGGCAGUGAACCACGCUUGUUGUUAUUGAACGAGCGAAAUGUCUUUGUUGGUACAUUCACGUCUUCACAGAAGCUGAUGUAGGAUGUAACAGUAUUCAUCUAAACUGCCAGUUGAAGUUAGUUUAAAAAAACACCCCAAUCUUUGCAUUCUAAAAUGUCUUGAAAAUCAAUCUUUGCUUCAUUGGUCCACUUCUUCACUGUUUUAACCACAGGCUUUGCACAUUUAAGUUUGUGUCUGUAUGUUGGCAUUGAGUGAAUUAAACUGUGAUCAGACGGGCUGCCCAAAGCUGCAUGAGGAACAGCACAGUACGAGUCCUUCAGUGUGGUAUAGCAAUGGUCUAGAAUUUUGUUUUCCCUGGUUGGAUUGUCACCAACCCCCUCAGAUGAAGCUUUAAAGUAACCUUUCAUCUUCUGUGUCAAAUUAACAUUCUAUUAGACUGUUUUUGCAACACUUUUAACAGGCCGCACAGAAGCAGUGUUGUCAAAAGAAAACCCGGACAUCUUUCCCAAGGGCCACCGGAAUUGAAUACAGUGGAACCUCCAAAAUCAAACACCCCAAAAGAGGUACAAGUUGGAGUACAACCAGCAUUGUCUGGGAUAAUGUGCCUUCAUAGUUUAACAAUCACGAAUGCCAGCAAAUCUUGUGAGACAAACAAUGUGAACACCUUCCUGUCCCCUCCAAUUUGUGUCAAAGGCCCAGCCUGCAGAGCAGCUCGGAGCGGAGUGAAGGGCGGUCGACGAACAGCGUCUCCAUCCCGGGAUUUAUUGGCAGCAAGACGACGGACACACAGAAGAAAAGAGGGUGGGGGGAAGAAAAAAAAUCGCAUCUCGGAGCCGCUUUGGACAAUGUUUCUGUUGCAGUACACAGGACUCAAUGCCCUGUCCUUUGAUCCGGCCGCCAAUAACGACCCCCUGCACUUCAACAGCUCCAGCGGCUCGCCACCUGUGGAAAACGCGUCCGAAAACAGCAAGAAGAGGAAGCGAGCCAGCCUGCCUCCAGAGGGUAUUCAUAACAUGACCAUGGAGUCCAACUCCAUAUCGAUGCCCAUGUCAGACCCCAACGCCUGGGCCACUGCCAUGAACAACCUGGGGAUGCCUCCAAUGGGCAUCACUGGACAGCCUCUCAUGCCAGACUUUGACCCUAACCUCGGGAUGAUGGCUGGGAUCACCCCCAUCAACCCCUUGAUGCCCGGCCUCGGCAUGGUGCCCGCGCCCCUGUCGCAUGAUGUGCCCGUCGUCAAGGAGAUUAUCCACUGCAAGACCUGCACCCUCUUCCCCCCUAACCCUAAUCUCCCCCCUCCAGCGACCAGAGAGCGCCCUCCAGGUUGUAAGACGGUGUUUGUCGGCGGCCUACCCGAGAAUGCCAACGAACAGCUCAUCAUGGAGGUGUUCGGACAGUGUGGCGAUAUUACGGCCAUUCGCAAAAGCAAGAAGAACUUCUGCCAUAUUCGAUUCGCCGAGGAGUUUACAGUGGACAAGGCCCUCUUCCUGUCUGGUUAUCGCAUCCGACUGGGCUCCAGCACGGACAAAAAAGACACGGGGCGCCUCCACGUGGACUUUGCCCAGGCUCGGGACGACCUCUACGAGUGGGAGUGUCGCCAGCGCAUGAUGGCCAGAGAGGAGCGGCACCGACGCAAGAUAGAGGAGGACCGCCUCCGGCCGCCCUCGCCUCCCCCCAUUGUGCACUUCUCUGAGCACGAGUGCAGCCAGCUGGGCGACAAAAUUAAAGAUGAUAGCAAAUUUGCCGAGGCGGUGCGCGUUCUCCUGACCUGGCUGGAACGUGGCGAAGUCAACCGCCGCAACGCCAACAACUUCUACUCCAUGAUCCAGUCGUCCAACAGUCACAUCCGUCGCCUGAUGACUGAGAAGAGCCAGCAUGAGAAGGAGAUGGAGGAGGCCAAGGACAAGUUCAAGACUGCUCUGUCCGGUAUACUGGCUCAGUUUGAGCAGAUUGUGUCUGUAUUCCAAGCUGCUUCCAAACAAAAGGCAUGGGACCAUUUCUCCAAAGCACAGCGCAAGAACUUGGACGUGUGGCGCAAGCAAGCCGAGGAGAUUCGAAACAUCCACAACGAGCAGCUGAUGGGCAUCCGGCGCGAGGAGGAGAUGGAGAUGUCCGACGACGACAUGGAGGAGGCACCAGACAGCAAAGACUCCGAGGACUCAGGCGUGUUGCAAGCCGAGGCCUUGAAGGAAGAGAACGACUCAUUGCGCUGUCAGCUAGACGCCUAUCGGAAUGAGGUGGAGCUGCUCAAGCAGGAGCAGGGCAAGAACCAGCCAAUCAGGAGCGAGGAGGACAGCACACACACUCAGCAGCUCAGCUUCCUGCAGCAGGCGCUGCAAGGCAUGCAGAAGCAACUCCUGAAGAUGCGGGAUGACCUGAAGCAGCGGGAGUGCGAGUUGGAGAAGAGUCAGGAGGACAAACAGCAGCUCAAGCAUCAAGUCCAUACCCUGAAGGAAGGACUGCAAAACCUGCAGAAGAUUCAGAUGGAACGAUCCAAACAAGAUGACAGAGGCGGCGAGGAGGCUGAUAAUCAAACCAAUGAGGGUACACUGGUGUCCUGUAGUCAGGAGAGGGAAGGACCAACAGAGAGGAGGUCACCAAGUCCUGUCCAUUCAGAAAGAGAAGCCCUGCUCGUCGCCGCAGUGUCCAAGGGGGGCCCCCACACGGGAAGAGGAGGCAUCAUCUCCACCUUCCUUCAUGUGCAUCCAUUUGGAGCCAGCAUCGAGUACAUCUGCUCCUACCUGCAGCGCCUCGACACCAAGAUCAACCCGCCCGAGGUGGAGUCUCUCCUCUCUCGACUCCCCUGCACCUUCAGACAGGAGCUGACAGGCGUGGGCGCCAGUCUGGAGAAGCGAUGGAACUUCUGCGGAUUCCAGGGUAUCAAGAGCACGUAAGGUUGUGCACGUGGAGGGAGCACCAAGACCCUCCACGGCUGUCAAGACUGCAUCCCCGCAGUUACAGGAAUGUUUACUUGACACGGCCACGACUCUUCAGGAGUCCGGGCAAAGGAGUCACUGGAUUUGAACGUGUUUGCGGCCCACGUCGGUUGGGCAUAAAAGCUUUCUGAGCCUUUUUGGCGGGUACGACCAGGACAACACAGGGCUAUUACCUGUGACAUCAUCAGGGUCGAACUCUUCAAACCUCUAAAACCCUGCAGCCGCCAUCCCGCUUGUUCUCUUCUUUUAUUUUAUUUGUUUGUCUUUCCUGGUUUGUAACAUUGAUUAUGAAAAAAAGAAAUCAUAUAUUUCUUCAUUUUCUGUGAAGACUGAAGAGUUACAACGAAUUGUUGUUACAUGCUGUACAUGCUUGGAUUGUAUUUUUGAUUAUAAAAGGAGAACUUCA